AUAUCUACCCAACCAGCAGGACUCACACUACCACAAGAAGACUCCAGUGCAGACUAGCCCAGGUAUCUACAGUAAGAAGAUCUCGGCAUCAUUGACUGUUCAGCGAUGUCGCGAAAAGUUAGAGAAUAAGUACCUUAAUCAAUUGUGCAAAAUUCAAAUGAAACCAUGGGAUCAAAGUGAUUAUGCGGAGUUUGAAGACAUGCACACGGUUGUCACAAUGUCGAAGAAGGACGCUCGUGGACAAAACACGAAAACGAAGGAAAUACUCAAAGGUUCUGUUGCUGAAAUAUUUUCAACGACAGUUAACGGAAGACUGCCAGCUCGAAUCCUCAUUUCGGCCCCCGCUGGAAGAGGAAAGACCACGGCUGUCGCUAAGAUGGCUUAUGACUGGGUUCACAGAGAAAAGGGAUCAGCUUUAGAACACCUGCCACUUCUGUUUGUUGUGAAAUUCCGAAACACUAGUCAGCUUACAUCGAUCGGAGAAGCUAUCAAAUCCCAGCUUUUGAGUGAUGUUGCUGAUCUCACACCAGAGGUUCUGGAGAGUUUCAUUAGAGAGAAUCAGGGAAUCUGUCACAUCAUACUAGACGGACUAGAUGAGUAUGCGGGUAUUUCCCCUUCAAAACAAAGCUCAGAGAGCAAUAUUGUCAGUGUCAUCCGCUGGGAGGAAUUUCCAGAGUGUCGGGUCCUUGUAACAACACGCCCUCACCUAGACAACUUCUUCAAUCAGGCGGAACUUCCAAGGGUAUACACAAAGAUGUGGAUCGAAGGAUUCUCGCGAGAGCGCUCACGUGAGUACAUCGACAAGUUCUUUGCCUCGACUUCAAUUCAUUAUAGCACACAUGGUCAUGGUCUGAAGGUCUACCUUGAUGACCAAGCACUCAUGAAUGAAGUUGUUAAGACACCUCUAUUUUGUCUCAUGGUCUGUCAUUUAUGGAGCGAAGGGCUUUUGAACAACACUGAAACUGCAACUCAAACAAAAUUAUUAGACAGCGUGAAUGUCUUUUUGAUGCACCAUGCAAACGCCCGAUUAAAGUCAAGAGUGAAAAUCACACCCAAAAAGCUAAGGAAAAUAAUAUCUCAAUUAGGCGAAGUUGCCCUUACUGGUCUGCUAGAUGAUGCUAAAAAACUAGUCUUCACGCCUCAUGAUUUCCGUAAAGUUCCCACAAUCCUUGAUAGAGCAUGUGAGCUUGGGAUAGUAUCCAAGAAGACUGUACACAUCACAUGCCUUCCUCAGUCCAUCGAGACCACUUCCACUACCAUUGAGUUUUAUCACAAACUCGCCCAAGAACACUCGGCUGGGAAAUUCCUCGCUGAUCAAACACACCACUUUCUGUUACGUUUGAAGAUUUCUGAAUUGGACAGAGUACUGCGCAAGAUCAAAGCAAACAUCGGUGACUACGAAAAUCUUAUCCGAUUCGCUGCUGGCACGGACAACAGCCUCUGUAUACGAAUAAUGGAGGCGCUCCUUUCAAACAACUUUUUGGAUGAGAGCGAGCGAUAUCGCAUUCUCCUUGACUGCUCAUCAGAGACCAUGGGUGCUGAAGGGAAUGUGUCUUCGUUGGUACGAAGAUGUGUCACAGCACAGAGUAUGAUGCUAAAGUCACCAACUGUCUACACCAUCGUUGGGAUGAAAAAUCUUCCAACACAACUGAAACGUGAGGUUAGGACAGUGCAUUUCGAAGGAUCUACUCUAAAUAACGAUGUGACGAAUGGACUAUGGUCUUGUCUUGGAUCAUUUUCGAUGCUACAUACCCUCACCAUCUCAGACUCCUCUAUCAGUUUUCCCCCAUCUCCUCCUGAGCUUCCAUCCGUCAAAAAGCUAUCAGCCGAGAGAUUGACAUCACAGAGUUACGAACGAGUGCUCUCAUCAGUACCUGGUGUGAGAGAGAUCGAUGUCUCUAUUGAUGUUGCAGAGCUAGAGAUGAGCAACACUUUUGAGAUCACCACCGCCUCCAGGCCUAUGGGUCAGACCAGGGCUAGGGAUGAACAGUUAUUUGUUCAUAUCAGACUACACGCCUGGCCAGCACUCACCACAGACAGGAAGAUUGAUUCAGGAGAGUCAAUUGCAAGGCUUAAUCUUCUCUUUGGAGACCAAACCAGGAACCAACAGCGGCUGCAUGUGUACGGGGUGAAGGGCAGAGACGAAGAAACCUUGGUCGACCUGUUUGUCAAGACUAAACAACUAACACCCUCGAAUUUGGGGAGUGGAGGUGGUUCUGUAAUCGACGGAGACGCCGUCCAGAAUACUAGGCUUGAGAUACAGCAGUGCCAGCUAUCUACUGAGAUGACCGACAAGUUGUGGUCCUGCCUCAGAUCCUUCACCCCACUGAAUCAGCUCAGCAUCUCAGACUCCUCUCUCAGUUUCCCUCCAUCUCCUCCUGAGCUUCCAUCCGUUCAAAAGCUAUCAGCCGAGAGAGUGACGACACAUAGCUAUGAAGGGCUGCUCUCAUCGCUUCCUGGCUUGAGAGAUAUCGAGAUAAAAAAAUGUCAGCUUUCUACUGAGAUGACUGCCAGGAUGUGGUCUUGUCUCAGAUCCUUCACCUCACUGAAACAUCUCACCAUCUCAGACUCUUCUCUAAGUUUCCCUCCAUCUCCUCCUGAGCUUACAUCCGUCACAAAGCUAUCAGUAAAGAGAGCGACGUUACAAAGCUAUGAAGGGCUGCUCUUAUCGCUUCCUAGCUUGAGAGAUAUCUACAUCACUAUCGAUGAUGCAGAGAGAGACAUAUCUCAGAUCACGGCUGAUCUUCGUCUGACUGGAGGACAGCAGCUCACACAAAUGGAAAUUAGAGCUCCUUCAUCACUCCCACCAGAGUUGAACAGUGUAUCGAGAAAGACGAUGAAAGAACUCAGUCUUCUGAUCAAAGCACAAACCAAGAACAUGCAGGAAUUAUAUGUGUCCGGGGUGAAGUGCACAGACGAGGAAGACUUGAUUCACCUCAUCGGGAGCUGCAGAUAUGUGAAGACGAUGUCAAAAGUGUGGCUCGAAGGGUGUGGGAGUACAGCGGGCGGUAGACUGGAAAGUCAUCUGACGAGACUUCAUACCGGCACACUCAAUGUGUUUCUUGUGCAUUUGAGUAUCAGUGAUGACUACGGUACACACUACCUGGUCAAAAUGACAUGUUGCAUACCUGUUAUACCUCGCGGUAUGUAUCAACCCAUCGUCUGCUGA